GAUCUUCUCGCUUUGAAAAUGUCAACAACUCUGCAUUUAAUCGGUGGUAAUGGAGGUCAUGAGUUUUCCUUAACCGGUGAGAGUAAUGGUGCCAGUUUAGAGAGGAUCUGGGUUUGGGUUGGAGGAUCACAGGUGAAGGCGGUCAGGGCCUGGCUUACAGAUGGCAGUGAAGAAACCUUUGGUAAACCGGAGGGAUCGUAUGAAGAGUAUGUGUUUCAGUCUGGUGAACUCAUCACAUCAAUGUCUCUUUGGGGAAACGGAGCAGGAACGCGUCUCGGAGCCAUCAAAUUUGAAACCAAUUAUGGAGGAAAAUUCUUUGUAAAAAUGUCAAGCUGGGGAUUGAAGACAGAAUAUCCUAUGAAUGUCGGCUCUGGAUUUUGUCUGGGAAUUGUGGGAAGAUGCGGAUGGGACAUCGACCAGAUGGGUUUUUUGUUUCUUGAUAAAAUACAAUCAGUAGUUCUCACCAAUGUCAAGUAUCCCACUCUUUCCCAGAUGACACCGUAUGUCGCACUGGAAGAAAUCAAAUCUAGUACCUAUAAGAAUGAAACCUCCGUCAGUCAAGAGCAAACAAUUGUAAGCUCAAAGAAAAUAACCAAAUCAUCCUCUUGGUCUACAAAAGAAAGCAUUACCAAAGCAUUUUCUAUGCAGGUGAAGGCCGGGGUUCCCGGGAUUGUAGAAGUUUCCGCUGGAUUCAGUUUUACAGUAGGAACAGAAAACACUUACAGUAGAGAACAGAAGGAUGAAAGAACCCAAACCGAAUCAUUUAAAAUAGAUGUUCCACCUAAGAAAGUAGAUGUCCAUAUCACCAUAGGCAGGUGUAGUUUUGAUGUUCCUUACACCGGGACAAUAAAGGUCACGACUGAUGAUGGUGAAGUGUUUAAAUAUGAAACCAGAGGACAAUUCGAAGGAGUCACUUACACUAAAAUAAAAGUAGACACCAAAGAAUCUGAUCUGUGAUAUCAAGACUACUUACAGAAAUUAAUUUCUUCAUUGGAUUCAUUUUUUCCUGUUUGAUUUGAUGUUUAAAUGUUUUCAAGUUCAAAUAUAAUAGGCUAUGUUAAUUUAACUUUCUGCUAGGAUGCUUUAGAUUAAAUUAUAAAUAUAUCAUCCGCACAUCUGUCAUCUUUUUGCUUUAUUUCAUUAUGCCAAAAAACUAUGUAAAUCAAACGUGUUUGAUGAAAAAUCACUUUACUGUUAAUGAGCUGUGUAUUAUGAAAACCUAACAUGAAUAAAGUUUUUUAACCUCCUAAGCACAGAGGCUAUUUUGGGGAUUUCCACCUGGAUUUGGUCUACCCAAUUUCAAAAGCUUCCCAUACCCACAUGAAGAGGUGUACAUACAAAGGUUUGGUAUCAUUUUACAGGAAACCCUUUGAAAUUACAGAAAACACUGUUGAAAGUGCUAAACAUGGUUGUAUGUGUUGUUAGUCCUCUAAUAAACACAAAAAUAAAUACUCCAGCAACCUGCAAACAGUUCAGUUUGAUUCCAUCUAAUGGCAGCUUACAGAGGAAAAAAAUAAUUUUUUCUCUAUCAUAAUCUAUGCAAAAGUUAUUUUAUUCCAACUGAAGGGAGGAAUAAUACCCUUUUUGUAUUCAAUUUCUGCAUAAAAACAUUUGAAGUGUCCCCAUAACCACAUACAGUGGAAUAAAUGCAAUAUCUUUAUAUCAUUUUAAAGAAAAACCCUUUGAAGUAACAUAAAUAGCUGCUGUUUGUGACAAAUAUUGUUAUUUAUGUUGUUUUUCAUGAUGAACCACCAAGCCGGUAUUCAAACUCAGGUCGCCGAUGGUACGUCUGCCCAGACCACUGCGCACAGCACUACCCAUUAGACCAGCGAUAAUGAUGAGUGGAUUCAAAAGAAAUGUAAAGGCAACUGUUUAGAUGUAAGAGCACAGCCACAAAGACUGAUAUUAAUCACGUAAGGAUAUUUAUACAUCUAAAAUGACUGCAAAGAACAAUAUGACCACUCACAUAAAUGCAAGUGGAUAUGACAAAAAUCAACUUGGGGUCUCAAAAUGCUCUCCUGACAUAAAUGUGACUUCCUACAAAUGAAUGUGUCACAGGGUGACUAUUGGAGGGCGGAACCAAAAGUGACAGAGAUUGGUUCCGCCUGGAGAUGGGGUUUCCGCCCAGGCCGUAUUUGACGACACACCAGUACUUCCUGGUUUCCAGGGCAACACAAUCGGGACCUUACGAGCCACAGGUGCAACGAGUUAAGCAAGUAAAGUGUGAUUGGAGGCUGUGUGAGGAUGAGACACAUAAAUAGCUCUGCAGGAACACAAGGAAAGCGGCGAUCGACACGGGGAAAGCUCCUUUUGCCAAGGGCAGAUUGAAGACACGCACCUUUUGAAGAGCCCGAAGGCUCUGUUGAUCCGGGUAUCGCUGGAAGCGAGCGGAAAGAGGACAGAGCCACAGGAGGCGAAAGAAAGGCAUACAGUGGAUCAUUUAAAGGAGCACCCCGAAGAGGUCGUUUAGCGCUGUUUGUCGCGCUUGUUGUUGUGCUGUUUUUCCUCUCAGGCUGAAGCUGGCGUGGCUGUGUGGGACGAAGUAAACCAUAGUGGAUGGAAGACGAUUGGAGACUGCUGGAUCCUGAAGCGAAACAAAAGGAGAAGCGGAGUUAGCGUGAGUGUUUGCUAUAUUGAGGAUAUUGUGAUACAAGUGAAAUCGCUGUGCAACCCUGUUGGGGGAAGAGACGCUUUGUUCUGGUGAGGCUGGGAGUAAUCGCCUGUGUGUAUCAAAAAGGAGAGCAUCAGAGAAGAUCUUACAGUGACUGUGAGUAUGAAACAUUGAGUUUGAGACACACUGCAUAUUAACCCGUUUUGUAGCGAACGACUCCAGAAAAAGGAGGACGGCCCUACCCCUAAACAGUGUGGAGGUGAGCCGGAGGAGGACAACUUGGGCUAUCACAGCGACGUGAAUGCUGACUGGGGCGUGCUAAACACCGUCUAACGGACUCCGGUGAAGUGGAGGAAGACGGGGCGUCCUAAGUGUUCACUUUGAGUGCGGUGGGUGAAUCUGUGUUGUUGUGGAAAUUUCACUUUGAUGUGGUGCUGUGUACUGCUGUGUGUGUAUUGUCAGAAAACCCCCGCCUUCGCUAACCUCGCCGUGGGAGAACGAAAAGGCUGCCGGUUUCAGUUGUUAUUACCUGGCCUAUGCUGUGAGUGAGCUCUGGAUGUGGAGUAUUACUGUGGUGAUAGUCGGCAGCCUGUGGAGAGAAAGAGAGAGAAAGAGACUGAGAAAACCUUACCUGUACCGUGCUUACUGUACGUCGUCCCAAGUGGAGAGGUGAGAGAAAAACCAGCAGUCUGAAUAACCCACUUUGUGUCUCAGUUCGAAGCCUGUGAAGAGAAAGAGAGAGAAAGAGAACGAGAAAGCCCUACCUGUACCGUACUUACUGUACAUUGUCUCAAGCGGAGAGGUGAGAGGAAACUAGCAGUCUGAAUAACCCACUUUUGUUUCCCAGUCUGCAGCCUGUGGAGAGAAAGAGAGAGAAAGAGAACGAGAAAGCCCUACCUGUACCGUACUUACUGUACGUCGGCUCAAGCGGAGAGGUGAGAGGAAACUAGCAGUCUGAAUAACCCACUUUUGUGUCUCAGUCCGCAGCCUGUGGAAAGAAAGAAAGAAAAUGAGGAGAACUUUACCUGCCCCGUACGUGUACUGCCUGUAAAGGAAGAGACAGUAAACCUGAAGAGGCCGUUAUUUUUAAGUUCCCCUUUUUCCCCUCCCCUAUUUAUUUUUUUAAAUAAAUUAAAUAAAGUGUAUUUUAAUCUUACUCCUACCUUGUGUGUCUGGUCAUUGGGGUGACUUUGGGAACCUCCUUGAGGUGGAACCUAGGAAAGGGGCGUGACCCUUUAGCUAUCUCGGGUCCG